ACUCUCGCCAUUCAAUCGAUGCAUUGGAAGCUCAACGAAUGUGUGACCACAUCACUGACAUGCUGCAGGUCUGUCUGUCUGUCUGUAAACGUCAUCAGCAUCACUCAGAAGCCAUUGGAUGAAUUAAUCAUGUGUCAGUCAGAAGCUGACGGACUAAUUAAGUAUACACGGGUAAAUAAAACACAGUGAUUCACAGACAGACAGACAGACACGCAAAGCAGCAACAGGGGGAUGCAUGGCACCCAGCCAGCCAGCCAGCCAGCCAUUCAUUCAUUCGACAGGCCCACCCAACCAUACACACACAUCGACACAGCAGACCAGCACUCACACAAAAUACAAACAUUGUACCGUAGCUCUUCUCAGCUACCUAAGCUAGGCGGCACAUAUAUGCCCACAAACCAACAACACGACAGGACAGCAGCAGACAACACAGACAGCAACACCCACGACCAGCUCCUGCCCCUGUCAGCCGCGGAAGACACAUUCGGCUGCUGCAUUGAUGGAGGCACGGGAGCCGCAUCCGUAUCGACAGUCUCCUUCUCUCUCUGGCCAUCCUGCUGCUGCUGCUGCUGCUCUCGCCCGGUUGGUUCCUUCCCGUUGCCCUCUUCUAGGAACUCCGCUGGCUGAGGCGGUGGGGAUACACCCGCCGCCUCCUCACUAUCAGCUGCUGCACCGUCGCCCCCCUCUGCGCAUGACUCAUUGGCCGUGUCGACGUCGGAUGCGUCGGUGGAAAGGAUGAUGAAGCCCUCGGGGGGCAUGUCAACGCCUGAACGAAGAGGGAGGAGGGAAUCGCAUGACACGAGGAGUCAGCUGCUCCGUUCCGGCGUUCGUCAUGUCGUUCGCUGGCUACCAUUGAGCAGUCCGUCUUCGUCGAUCUUGACGAGAGCUUCCCUGUUCUCACACUUGGAGGCCUCGUGAGACCAGUACGACGCACCGAGAUUGCAGUAGCUGCCCUGAAAAGGGAAAGACAGAAAUGAUGAUAUGGGCGUGAGCGGCCUCUUCCCUCUCCACUGACCUUUGGCAGCGCUGUGGAGAAGGUGAAGUUGGUCGCCGCCAGUGAGGGGUGGAAGUUGAGGGCCACCCACCCCCCACCGUCACACCUGCCUCCGCGCCCAUAGGUGAGCACAGACUCCUGCAGCUCCGCCUUGGCCGCUGGGGCAUCAAAAUUAUUAACCUCCACCAGAGGGCCGUCACCCAUGGCCUUCCGCAGACGGGGCAACGCUGAUCGAUCCCCACACAGACGGAUGCACAAACGUGAUGAGGGUCUGCAUCUCUCUGUGUCGUGUCGGUGUGUCCCUCACCGGCCAAUGCCGGCAGUCGGUGUUCACAGUUGAAGUGCGUCCCAUCCGUGUCGAUCUGCGGCGUCGCGUCCCAACUACGGUGGCUCUCGAGCACGUCGCCCCACAGCAGAGGAGCCGACCCAUUGUGCUCGAAUGACGGGCACUCGAGGGCAGACUCGGGGCUGUCCUCCUCAUAUCUCGGUGGGCCCACCCAGCCAUGCUCGUCAAAUAUGUCCCCCGUCAGCUCGAUCAGACGGCGCGGCCAAUCGUAGGAGGAAUACAGCCUGCACACACAACAACAACACCGCCACCACCACACCACACCACACCACACACCAUGCGAUGGGUGCAUCCACGUGUGUGUCUGCAAAGAUGGCUGUGUGCCGGUAGGUAGGUUGACCGUGGUGUGCCGUAUGGCAUUGUGAAGGUGAAAAUGGUCAGCAGGACCCACUGGUUGGGGUGGCUCCAGGGCGACAGCAUGUCCAGCUCGCAGCUGCUGUCGUUGUUGUGCAGCAUCAUUCCCUCACCGCUCUCAACCAACUCUGCACCAUAUCCCCAGGGAGAGAGAGACACACACCGAUGAAUGCAUUGCAUUGCAUUGCAUUGGUGUGUGUGUGUGUAUCUCGGAGACCUGUUCCGUUUUGGCACUUGUAGUCUUGUAUGGCCGACAUACCCACUGACCGCUCCGUGUCAUGAUUCGACACGAACGUCACUGCAUUGCCAGACGGCAACGCAUACCACGCUGCACCACCAUUGAUAAACAGCCACAACACGAUGCAGUGCAGCCCAUCCGAUGGUUCCAACACCUCUCCGCUUACAUGAGUACUCGACCAUGGCCUUCUCACUGAACCACUGCGGCAGAGUGUUCAUGGCGAGGCACCUGCUCCCGCCCUCCCCCUCCCCCUCUGCCCCAUCCUCCUCCUCCUCCCAUAUGUGCCGGGCCUUCCACGGACACAGACCGAUCUCCCGCAGCCGGAAGGCCCAGUGGAAGAAGGUCACAUUCGCACCCUCGUUGCCUCCUAUGUUGAUGUAGUCGGUGUUCCGGAGGCCCUCCUGGGGAGCCGAGAAGGUCGGCAGCACCUGCCACACAACACACACAACGCACUCCCAUCAUGACCGCGCUCCGUGACUGAGUGUGUCACGCCGAUUUGGGAUGCUCAGCCCAGCCUACCUCCGGCAGGAUGAAUGGCCGUUUCCCCGAUGCCGUCUGGUCCUGUGUCUUCUUGGCGACGUCGGGCAGGCCGUCAAAGAUCUUAUCCAGGUCGCCGGGCCACAUGUGUUUGGCCGCAUCGACGCGGAAACCGCCCACACCCAGCUCAAGAAGGGCCUCCAGCCGACUCCUGAGCAGCCUCUGCACUUUGGGCGACUCGGUCUUCAUGUCCGGCAGACCCGACAGCCCACAAUCCUUCACCUGCACCCAUCCAACGAGAGCCGACACACGACACAUGCUCGGCACACAGGCAGGUGUGCAUGCGGAACACACCUGUUCGGCGUCGCCGUAGUCGUCGAUUCCGCAAAGGUGGAAGUCCUCCUGCGUAAGGCUGAGGUGGGGAAAGGUGCUGUUGGGCACACACAGCUCCACCGAGGGGUCGAAUAUCUUGGCUGCGGCGGGGCAUGGCGGGUACUCUUCGUCGUGAAAGGGGAGGGAUGUGGCGGUGUCGCAGCAGUUGUCCAUGGCGGCCAGGUGGUUCAUGACCACAUCGGCUAUGAUGAAGAUGCCGCUGUCUGCGCACCGGUCGACCAUGUUGCGCAGCUGGGUCUCGUUGCCCAGCCGGGAGUGGAACCGCCACGAGAUGGGCUGAUACAUCUCCUCCCUGCAGAGUGAAUUGCACACACGGGAUGCUGCCCACACACUGGCACCUGCAGUGCACUGACUGAUGUUAUGUGUGUUGCUUACCAGGGGUAUAUCUGUUUCUCGCCCAGGUCAGUCUCCCUAUCCCCAUUGAUGCGCACGUGGCUGAAGACGGGGCUGAUCUGUAUGGCCGUCCAGCCAUCACGGCCCAGCCUGCCGCACUCCUCUGCGAUUGCGUCGUACGGCCACGCGAAGAGCUGGAGCAGAGAUGCGGUAGAUGCAUCCGCUGGGCGAGAGAAGACCACCAGCAGCCACAGCAGCAACUUGAAGGCCCGAGUCAAUAACGGCGCCCGUACAAAGCAAGAAGCCAUUAUGGUGGAAAGGGACAGUUCCUCACAUCUGGCGCUCUUGGCGCAGUGUAAGGAUAUGAAAAAGCCUCUUGCAC